GGUAUUUUUUAAUUUUUUUUUUAUUGAUAACCCGGAACUAGUCGGCAAAAUAUUAUUACAGUAUACAGAUGUUUUGGACGAGCGUGGGAAAGUUUUUGGGAGUCAUAUCACUGUUACAAAACGACGGACGGGCCACUUUGACGAAGACUUUGAAAGCCAACUACAAGACAGGUCCGGUUCAUUUAUCAAAGUUGACAAGUGCUGCUUUUCAAAAAAUGUCCGACGAAGUGGACAAAGCCAAAUCUGCCGCACCCAGCGGCGGAGACACGAUUUUCGGCAAAAUACUCAGAAAGGAAAUCCCGUGCAAUUUCAUCUACGAAGACGAACAAUGUGUUGCAUUCAACGACAUAAACGCUCAAGCACCUGUUCAUUUUUUGGUGAUACCGAGGAAACCUAUUGAAAUGUUAUCCACUGCAGAUAGCUCCGAUCAGUCUUUGCUUGGACAUUUAAUGUUAGUUGCCAGCAAAUUGGCCAAGGAACAGGGUUUAGAAAGUGGUUACCGUUUAGUUAUAAACAAUGGCAAAGAUGGUGCUCAAUCUGUAUACCACUUACACUUACAUGUUCUGGGCGGUCGACAAAUGCAGUGGCCUCCUGGUUAGCCGUUAACUUGAAUAAAUUGUAAAAAUUAAAUUUAAAUAAUAAAUAUUAAAAUAUAAAUCAUGUUACAAAAAUUGUAAACAAUUUUUCUACAAAUGGUCAAACACAUUUAAGUAUAAAAACUGUACUUGAUACUUUUAUGAUAAUCAAUAUAAGCUGAUCAAUAUAAAUAA